GUUGGUAUUUUGUUUGAUUCGCUUUUGUCUGUCAAAACUCAAAAGUGUCAAACAAAAAUAGGAAAAAAAAAUACAAUUUAAUAAAAUGAUAAAAUGGAGAUAUUGCUAAGAUUUGUGCCUGCACAUACAUUACGUAUAACAACAUCUAGAAUAUUAUUAACUCAUGUGGCUAGUUAUACUAGAUUAGCUGAGGUGGGGAAGUUAGAAGUGCCUAAAACCACCGGAAAAUAUGACACAGGACAACUAAUAUUGCAUAAAGUAUUCGGAUAUCGCGGUGUGAUACUGUUUCCGUGGCUAGCAAGAGUGUAUGAUAGAGAUGCUACUAACAAAAAGGAGAAUCCAGAAACAUCGGCGUCCGCUGAGGCCUCCGGAGAUUCUUUAUCGAACGCUGGUAAAGAAGUUAAAGGCAGGACUCACACAUUCUACCAGGUCCUCAUUGACACUAGGGAUGCACCAUACAUACGAGCUCAAACGGAGGCAGUAACGUUCCUUGGUAACCAGGAGUCUAGUCGUAGUCUAUAUGCCAUCCCAGGGCUUGACUAUGUGGCUCAUGACGACAUCAUACCCUACACGUCGGUGGAGCGCGUGCCGCUGCAACACGAGCUGUUUGACAAGUUUCUCAUGCAUAAUCCAGACAAAGAGAUCCCCUUCAUAGCGCAAGAAACGCUUCGCGCGUGGCAAAAGAAGAACCAUCCGUGGUUGGAACUGAGUGACGUUCACCGCGAGACCACAGAGGGCGUGCGCGUCACUGUUAUACCAUUUUACAUGGGCAGCCGUGAGUCCCAGAACUCUGCUGUCUACUGGUGGCGUUACUGCAUCCGCCUGGAGAACCUGGGCGCGGCGGCGGUGCAGCUGCGCGAGCGGCACUGGCGCAUCUUCUCGCUGAGCGGCACGCUGGAGACCGUGCGCGGGCGCGGCGUGGUGGGGCAGGAGCCCGUGCUGGCGCGCCACGCGCCCGCCUUCCAGUACAGCAGCCACGUCAGUCUGCAGGCGCCCAGCGGACACAUGUGGGGCACGUUUAGAAUGGAGCGCGAGGACGGGUACACGUUCGACUGUCGCAUCCCGCCGUUCUCGCUGGAGAGCAAGCCGGACGAGGGCGCUCCGGUGGCGCUUCUUUACCACCGCCGCGUGACGUCACAUCCGCCUCCGCCCCGGCACCACAACCCCACACAAAUCCGCGUGAUUAAAUAUUUAUUCUUUACUCCAGUGAUGUUGUCAUUGAGUAGAAAAGAUAAACAUUACAUAGUGAGAGUGUGGCCAAGAAUUUUUGUAAUUGGAAAUUAUGUAGAUUUCGUUUAGGAAUAGGAAA